AUGCAUACCUCCGUCCGCCCUAAUCAGUUUGUAAUUUUACGGCUACCUUCAGAGACGACAAAAAUCCAAAAAGUCGUCCCGAACUCAUUGAUAAACUGUGGAAAGUUCGGAUCAUUUCCUGCGAACCAGAUUAUCGGACGCCCGUUCUACCUUACCUACGAGAUCCUCGAGGCGCAAGAGAAUACCCACUUGCGCAUUGUGCCCGCAGCAGAAUUGCAUGCCGAGUCGUUGAUAACGGAGGGCGAAGGCGAUGACGACGUCGAAGUGAAUGAGGAGGGGUUGCCCACACGCACGAAUCGAGAUAUCGUUGACGAUGCAUCGACUCAGAAGUUGACGUUAGAAGAGAUCGAGGCGCUGAAGAAGGAAUCAACAGGCGCGGGGAGGGAUAUCAUUGCAAAAAUCUUGGAAUCGCAUACCACUAUAGACCAGAAGACGGCGUUCUCACUCGCCAAGUACACUCUGCGCAAACAGAAAAAGUACAUGAAACGAUUUACGCUAUUCCCGAUGGACGUCAGCGCUCUCACGAAUUAUAUGCUGGAAAAUAGAGAAUUGUCCUCGAAGAGCAUGGAGUUGCGCGAUGAAUUGAUGGGACUAAUUGGGAGCUGGGGAAACGUGCACCAUGGCGGCGACACGUCAAUACAGCAAGCGUUAUCAAAGCCGAACGGCCGCUACCUCGUAGUAGAUGAGACAGGUGGAUUGAUCGUCGCCGCCAUGGCUGAACGAAUGGGUAUCCUGCAUCCAGAUGAGGACCUCGACGGCGAGGAGAACAGAACUUUUGCUGAACAAGAGGCUGCUGAGGGCGGCAGCCCGGAGGGGUCAGGCUCACACAAAGCAAAUCGCCCAGCGCAUAUGUCUGCCACAGGGAACACCAUAACCCUCGUUCACGCAAACAAACAAGCCAACACAUCAUUGCUAAAAUACUUUGGCUUCGACCAGAACACCCCCGAUGAAUCUCACCCUCUCUUCACAAACCUCAAAACGGUCUCCUGGCUCCAACUCCUCAACCCCGAAGCCGACCCAAUCUACGCCGAGGAACCCGCCAUAAUCCCAGACUCCGAGCUCGCCACUCUCAAAACGAACAAACGCAGCGCAUAUUACCGGAAACGAAAUCGUUGGGCUCGCGUGCGGAGUGCCGUCGACGAAGUCCGAGCAGGCGGCUACGAUGGCCUCGUCGUAGCAACACUCAUGGACCUAGAUAGUGUCCUCAAGCACACCGUUCCUCUCCUAUCAGGCUCCGCAUCUGUCGUCGUCUACUCACCCACAAUCGAGUCUCUUACCAAAAUCGCGGACCUCUACUCCACAUCACGGAAGACGGCGUAUAUAACGCGGAAACGAGACCUGGAAGAGGAAAAGGGACAAGUGGAAAACGGCGAAUUCCCCGAGUUAACCGCGGAAUUCUCCCUGAAUCCUACAUUGUUGCUCGCGCCCACACUAGAAACAGUCAGGGUACGUCCUUGGCAGGUUCUUCCUGGCCGCACGCAUCCGAUGAUGUCUGGCCGUGGCGGUGCAGAGGGCUAUAUAUUCCAUGCGGUUCGAGUCAUCCCGACAACGGAGUUUAUUCAGGCUGCUGGGAAUCCGGGUCGCAAGAAGAGGAAGCUUGCGCCUGCGCAAUCGACCAGUACGCCUGGGAGUACAAGUGCGGAUGUAGAGAUGAAGUCAUGA